CUAUUGGGGAGAUUUGGAUCACCAUUUAUUGGCGUCGCAAAGAUCUUUAUUGGCGACUGCGUCGAAACUAACCAGUUUGCCAAGAAGAAAAGUUUGAAUCUUCCAUCCUCAAAAAAAGUUUGAAUCGUCCUCUUGUUGAUGGUGGGCUUCAAAUCUUUACAACAAGUCUUAAACCCAUCUCCAGUAUCACCUAAAAUCCGAGAAAGGGAGAAUGAUUUUCGCCGCCAUGGAUCAAAUGAAAAACCGACAUGAGGACUUAUUGUCGGCCGUGGUGCCCCUGAUGAAGCUUUUGUGCCUCACGGUCAUUGGCCUCAUACUUGCCCACCCGAAAACCCAAAUUGUGCCAAGAGCCACCUUCAAGCUCCUCAGCAAGCUUGUCUUUGCUCUCUUCCUUCCCUGCCUCAUCUUCGUCCACCUCGGUGAGUCGGUCACUCUUAAUGAUGUACUGCGCUGGUGGUUUGUGCCUGUCAACGUGCUUAUCAGCACAGCCAUAGGCUGCGCUCUUGGUUACAUUGUUGCAAUCAUAUGCCGGCCGCCGCCCCAAUUCUUCCGGUUUACUGUGAUCAUGACUGGAUUCGGCAACACUGGGAAUCUUCCAAUUGCUAUUGUUGGAUCGGUUUGCCAUAGCUCAGACCACCCGUUUGGACCAGACUGCCAUAGGACGGGCAUCGCCUAUGUCUCUUUUGCCCAAUGGGUUGCAGUGAUUCUUGUUUACACCUUGGUCUAUCACAUGAUGGAGCCACCUAUGCGACAUUAUGAGAUAGUCUCAGCAGAGAACGAGAUAGAAGAGGAACACACCAGUAAUAUUAGCAGACCUCUGCUUCAUGAAGCUGAAUGGCCUGGGAUGGUAGACAAGGCGACAGCACAUUCAAAGACACCAUUUAUUGCUAGAGUCUUUAUGAGCAUUUCGGGCUCGUCGCAGAACACUUUUCCAGACCUUGAUUUAACUGAGGAAGGAGGUGCUGGUGUAGGGCCUAGCAGUCCGAAGUCCCUUAGAUGUUUGGCAGAGCCAAAGGUUGUUCGACGGAUGAGAAUUGUGGCUGAAGAGACUCCAAUCCAACACAUUAUGCAGCCUCCAACCAUUGCUUCUCUUUUGGCGCUUAUAGUAGGGAUGGUUCCCAUAUUUAAAGAUUUUGUAUUUGGGAUUGAUGCACCACUCUCUUUCUUCACAGAUAGUUUGGAAAUUUUGGCAGGAGCAGUGGUUCCCUCAGUGAUGCUGAUUCUUGGGGGAAUGCUUGCAGAAGGUCCUAAUGAUUCAGCUCUUGGUACCAGAACUAUGAUUGGGAUCACUGUAGCAAGGCUAUUGGUGCUUCCUCUUGUGGGGAUUGGUGUGGUUGCUUUGGCAGACAAAUUGAAUUUUUUGGUUCAAGGAGAUCAAAUGUACUGCUUUGUACUUUUGUUGCAGUACACAACGCCAAGUGCUAUACUGUUGGGGGCCAUUGCUAGCUUGAGGGGUUAUGCUGUCAAGGAAGCUUCGGCGCUCUUGUUCUGGCAGCACAUAUGUGCAGUAGCAUCUCUUUCAGUCUAUAUUGUUAUUUACUUCAAGUUGCUUUCCUAUGUUUGAGGUUAGAACGUUCCAACUCUUUAGUUUGUUGGGUGCAUAUGAGAAAAUGAUGGCAAUUGUGUUGAACUGUUGUAUGCUAUUUUGGCUAUUACUGUUCCUUAAUGAAUAAAUGUUGGUGAAUUAUGAUUGUA